CCUAUAUAUAAGUACGACUCCUUCAUUCUUUUUCCAACUCAAAAUUCUAAAGCUCUUUCUUCUCGUUGGAAAAAUCUACGAUUCAAGAUGCAAAUCUUUGUGAAAACAUUGACCGGCAAAACUAUUACCCUUGAGGUUGAGAGUUCAGAUACUAUUGAUAACGUGAAAGCUAAGAUUCAUGACAAGGAGGGUAUUCCAGCGGAUCAACAAAGGCUUAUUUUUGCAGGGAAACAGCUUGAAGAUGGAAGGACGCUAGCUGAUUAUAACAUCCAGAAGGAAUCCACUCUCCAUUUGGUAUUGAGGCUCCGUGGCGGUAUGCAAAUUAUUGUAAGGAACAUUGCUAAUAAGACCACCAUAACUUUGGAGGUAGAAAGUUCUGAUAAAAUUGUGAGUGUGAAGGAGAGAAUUCAGGAGAAACAAGGAAUUCCCACAAACCAACAGAGGCUAACUAUUGCUGGGAAGGAAUUGGAAGAUGGUCGCACCCUUGCUGAUUACAACAUCCAGAAGGAAUACAGUCGUCGGGGCAUGGAAAUUCGUGUAAGGAACAUUGCUAAUAAGACCACCAUAACUUUGGAGGUAGAAAGUUGUGAUACAAUUGAGAGUGUGAAGGCCAAAAUUCAAAAAAAAGAGGCAAUUCCAUCAGAUCAACAGAGGCUAACUUUCGCUAGGAAGGAAUUGGAAGAUGGUCGCACCCUUGCUGAUUACAACAUCCAGAAUGAAUACACUCUCGCUCUAGCUUUGAGGCGUCGUCGGCCCAUGGAAAUUCUUGUAAGGAACUUUAUUAUUGAUAAUACCACCAUGACUUUGGAGGUAGAAAGUUCUGAUAAAAUUGUGAGUGUGAAGGAGACAAUUCAGGAGAAACAGGGAAUUCCCACAAACCGACAGAGGCUAAUUUUCGCUGGAAAGGAAUUGGAAGAUGAUCACACCCUUGCUGAUUACAACAUCCAGGAGGAAUACACUCUCGAUCUAGUUUUGAGGCGUCCUCGGGGCAUGGAAAUUCUUGUAAGGAACUAUACUAAUAUGACCAUCAUAACUUUGGAGUUAGAAAGUUGUGAUACAAUUGAGAGUGUGAAGGAGAAAAUUCAGAAAAAAGAGGGAAUUCCAUCCGACCAACAGAGGCUAAUAUUCGAUGGGAAGGAAUUGGAGGAUGGUCGCACCCUUGCCGAUUACAACAUCCAGAAGGAAUCUACUCUCGCUCUAGUUUCGAGGCGCAUGGAAAUUCCUUCUACUCUCGCUCUAGUUUCGAGGCGCAUGGAAAUUCUUGUUGAGAUCUUUACUACUCAAAAGACGAUAACUUUGGAGGUAGAAAGUUGUGAUACAAUUGAGAGUGUGAAGGCCAAAAUUCAGGAAAAAGAGGGAAUUCCAUCAGACCAGACACUAAUUUUAUAUGGGAAGGCAUUAAAGGAUAGUCGGACUCUGGCGGAUUAUAAUAUCCAGAAUGGGUCGAAACUAUAUAUACCUGGUUUAUAUUAGCAUAGGCUUAUUUUUGUCUAAAAUUGGUUUAUGUUCGAAAUAAUUCCGUCUAAGUCUUUUAUUUUUUCGUUAA